CUCCCUACCGGUCAGAAACAUUUGCAACCCUAGAUGGAUCUUCGAUGCCUCACCACAGCCUCCACUCUCAUGCAUGCAGAUCAGUGAGAGCAUGGUUUCGUGAUAUUAGGAUCUCUCCAUCUCGCGCGUUGUCUACGUUUUCCUUUUCUUCGUGGUUAGUAGAUGGCGGGGGUUUCCCUGGGUUCUUGUUCUACUCUAUCUACUCCGAUAGAGGCACGCUAUGGGCUUGAUGAACGAGAAGCCGCACCCAAUUCUAUUCAAAGAUUGAUACACGGUCGCCAGCUCAAUGAGUCGACAAGGAAAACAUCUCCGUUUGUUGUUGCAUAGGUGGAAAGUUCUCGUAUUUUCUCAUGGGCAAUCUUUUGAACUGGAUUUCUGAACUGAAGGGGGGCUCAUUAACAUCAAUUCCGAAACUUGAAGGAGAUGAAUUUGAUGGGGAAAUGUUGGUGCAUCAGUGAUUCACUCGCUUUGCUAUUUGAUCUUUUUUUCCGGUAAGUUCAUGGGCUUCUGCACUGUGGCGCCUUUCAAUACAUUGAUUUAAAUUGGCAGGAACAAGUUGAACAGGGAGGUCAAGUAAUUACAGAACACAAUGAAAGAGAACAAAAGAAAAAGAAAAGUGAGCCUUCAAUUUCUCUCUCUUUUGGCUGCCCGUGCUAUUGUGGCGUCAAGGAGAAGGAUUGAGACAAUGGGAAGAACAGUAGCACACGUGCUGAAGUUUGUGAUGGCCAUCACGUUCAUAGGAUGGCUUAUGAUGUGGAUUGUGAUGCCCACAAAUCUUUGGCGCAGACAGUGGAGAGUGCAGUUGAGAGCACGCACAAACUCUACGUAUUUCGGCACUUCUGGUGCCAACAUCCUAGUCUACUGCUUUCCGAUGAUGCUGAUCUCUGUUUUAGGUUGCAUGUAUCUCCACCUGAAGGAGAAAGAUCAUUCUCCAUCGGGAAGAGUAAGUAACAAGAAGCGACGGAUUAAUGGAGGUAGCUGGUGGACCCGUCCCUUUUUGGUGAAGGGCCCCUUGGGGGUGAUCAGCGCGCUGGAACUAGCGCUUGCAUUGAUGUUUGUUGCUCUCCUUAUUUGGUGCUUCACGGUGUACCUCGGGGUCAAUCUUCCAAAGAUCACCAAGGCCGAAGAUGGUGCCCAACUAUGGCAAGCAAAAUUGGAACGUGCAUCAUCUUGGUUGGGGAUAGUUGGUGUCUUAUGUGCUGCAUUUCUGUUCAUCCCCGUGUCAAGGGGGUCCGUGCUGUUGAAGCUGGCUGGCCUUACUUUUGAAGAGAGUGUUAAGUAUCACAUUUGGUUAGGUCAUAUCGUAAUGACCAUCUUGACUGUCCACGGGACCUGUUUUAUCAUCAUUUGGACAUGCAGCAAUGAACUGCACAAGUUUCUGGAAUGGGCAAACGAUGAUGUAUCAAAUGUGGCUGGGGAAUUGGCUCUCUUCUUUGGCAUUUGCAUGUGGAUCACAACUUUACCCUGGAUAAGGCGUAAGAUGUUUGAGUUGUUCUUCUAUACACACCAACUCUAUGUGCUCUUUGUCGUCUUUUUUGUCUUCCAUGUGGGUACUGGCGUGCUGUACAUGUUACUUCCUGGACUUUAUCUCUUCAUUGUUGAUCGCUUUUUGCGUUUUAUGCAAUCCCGGCAAUCUGUCCGACUGGUUUCGGCACGUAUCCUCCCAUGUGAGGCUGUGGAGUUAUCCUUCUCCAAGAAACCGGGUCUGAGCCAUAGUCCCAUGAGCACGGUCUUCAUUAAUGUGCCUAGCAUAUCUCGCCUGCAGUGGCACCCAUUCACAGUGACCUCUUCCAGCAGCCUAGAGCCUGAGAAGUUGAGUGUUGCAAUCAAGUGUGAAGGACAGUGGACGGGGGAUCUGUAUGAGAAGCUCUCAUCAGCUGCCAGAUCUGGUGCCAUUGAUGGACUUGAGGUGCUUGUUGAAGGUCCUUAUGGACCCCCGUCGACUGAUUUCCUUAGAUAUGAUACACUGGUUAUGGUAAGUGGUGGCGCAGGCAUCACCCCCUUCAUCUCAAUCAUACGCCACCUAAUAUCCAGGAAUGAUGCACCAAAAGAGCCAGCAAGAUUACUGCUCAUUUGUGCCUUCAGGAAUGCUAGGGACUUGGCAAUGCUCGACCUCCUACUUCCUGCCUCAACCUCGUCAUCAGACUUGUGUCCUUUGCAACUCCAGAUCGAAGCCUUUGUUACAAGAGAACAGGGGAGGCCAGAGUCACAAGCUCUAUUGCAGACUGUGUGCUUCAAGCCCACGCCUGGGGACAUGCCUAUUUCUUGGACACUGGGUCCAAACCAUUGGCUGUGGCUGGGCACACUCAUUUCCUCAUCCUUUCUCUUGUUCUUAGUGCUUGUGGGAUGCUUCACACGCUUUCACACAUACCCUCGAGAGCAUGGAACGAAGUAUGUUUAUCCUGUUUGGUUGAAGGGGCUCUUCGUUAUGUUUUUCAUGUGCUUGAGCGUUGUGGUUGUGGGUGUUGCGGUGAUCUUGUGGAACAAGAGGAAGGAGCCCAUGGUGGACCGACAAGUUCGGAGCAUGGAAAUGGAGGCUCCAACUGCAAAUCGUAGCUCUUGGCUGUAUGAUGAUGGGAGAGAGCUUGCGAGUUGGCCUAAUCAGUGCUCCGUUGAAAAUGUUCAAGUGCAUUAUGGUGCAAGGCCCGACUUCAAAAAGAUGUUGCGGAAGUCUGAAGGAUCGAGCACCGGAGUCUUGGUAUGUGGCCCCACCACAAUGAGGAGCGAUGUUGCUGCAAUUUGCUCAUCUGCCACAGCCAAAAACUUGCACUAUCAUUCCAUAAAUUUUGAUUGGUAGUAUGAGGAAUUCGUAUUUGAUUGUCUGUGUGUAUGGCAUACAUUAUAAUGGUAUCAGAAUCUUUAUGUGCGUGUUUCUUUCUUCGUGUACUAAUAAAGGGCGAUGGCUGCCACUGUCUUUAGUUUAUUCUAUGAAUUUGAUCAAUAUGUAGCAGUCUCGUUAAACUGUAUAUGAAUCUAAGCUCUUCUAUCUCC